AUGGGGGGGGGGGGGGUGUGGGGGGGUCCCCGGGGUUUCGGGGUUCGGGUACCUGGGUCUCGGGGGUUUCGGGGUUCGGGUGCCCGUGUCUCGGGCGCCCCGCUGACCCGCUGUGGCGCAGCGCUGCCGCGGGGCGGGAAGCACGCGGGCGCGGCGGCCGGGGGGCUCCUGGCCCUGCACCAUUUCUUCGGGGCGCAGGCGCUGUGGGUGGCCCUGCUGAGCGCGCUCUGCGUCCUCACCCUGCUCCUGAGCCGGGCCCGCGCCCACCGCGGCCUCUGCCUCGCCCUGGCCGCCCUCAGCUACCUGCUCAUGGGGGAGCUGCACAUGGUGGACACGGUCACGUGGCACAAGAUGCGAGGCGCGCAGAUGGUGGUGGCCAUGAAGGCCGUGUCGCUGGGCUUUGACCUGGACCGCGGCGCGGGCGGCCCCGAGCCCGGCCCCGCACAGGUGCUGGGCUACCUCUGCUCGCCCGGCUCCGUGGUCUUCGGGCCCUGGGAGCCCUUCGGCGCCUACCUGCGCUCCGUGGAGGGGCCGCCGCUGGUGGGGAACGGGGAAUGGGAUUGGAAAUGGGCCCUGCGGCAGCGCCUGGCCGCCAUCCUGGACGCCUGCGUGCUGUCCAAGCGCUGCCCCCCCCGCUGCAGCCACCGCCACAAGGACGCGCUGUGGGUGCGGGCUCUGAACGCCGCCCUGGGCGCCCUGGCCCUGUUCCACCUGUCCUACCUGGGCGCCCUGUUCGACGUGGAGGCCGAGGACGCCGUGGAGGAGCAGGGUUACGGCAUGGCCUACACCGUGCGCAAGUGGUCGGAGCUGCACUGGGCCAGCCACUGGGUGACGCUGGGCUGCUGGCUGCUGGCGCGGCUGCUGCGCUGAGCCCCGGGGAGGAACUGGGAGGGACUGGGAGGAACCGGGAGGACCGGGCGCCAUCGGGGCCGCUCCGCGCCGCCGGAAGCGCCUCUCGCUGGCUCCCGACUUCCGGCGCGCGGGAAGCUUUUGCCCUUCGUUGGGCGGAAGUGGCGCCGGGGGAGCCAAUAAAGGCUGCGCUCGCUGGCUCCUGUCAA